AUGAGAGAGAAUAAGUUCUUUGACAACGAAGGUUGGGGUAUUUGGUCGCAGAAUAACUCUUGGUGUAAUGUAUCGAUGAAUGAAGUCUUCCGUAAUAAAUGUGGAGGAGUUCGUGUUGGAAAACGGCCGGCCGGAAAGGAAUUCCCUCCCUCUGUAGUCGAACUGAACAAAGUGCAUGAUAAUUUUGGCCCUGGAAUUGUUGAUACCAUUAACAACUUUGAAGAUAUCCGCCGUGUUGGGAACGAUAAAGAUGUGUCGAAAACUAAUGAUGAUUAUAAAUCAGCAAAAUACGAUAGAAAUGUUGAGUGCAAUAACGAAGAAAGGAUUAAUGUUGGUAACAAAUCGAAAUUUUCUUCGUCUUGGUGUUCUGGGUGCAAGGGAAAAUGCGGGUAUUCGAAACUGUGUGGGAACUGCUUCACUGCCGGCUAUUGCAACAAGGUUUGUCAAAAAGGACACUGGCCAAAACACAAGAAAUUGUGCAAAGUUUUACGCGAGAAUUCGAGCUUCUUGAUCACUUUCAUGAAGAAGCAUGUUUUGGACAUUUCGGUUGAUAUUAACGCGAAAGGUCUUGAUGAAGUUGGCCCAAAGAACAGUCCUCGUCCACCGCGAAAUGGUACAAGAUUCAUCGUUAAAGUGCAAACGGAUUUUGAAUAUAGUGUUUUGGGUAAGCCGCACUUGAUUGUAAUUUACGACCGCAGCCUUGAUGUUUACGAAGACUUUGAAGAUGAAUUUAUUGACCAUCUUGUGAAAGAGUUUGGCGUCCUUUGUGAAUGGAAAUAUCAAGAGAAAAAGCUUUUUCUUUACUGCGUAUUUGAAAAGAACGGAAAGCUACGAUUGUUCAUCAAUGAUUUCGCUGACUUUCAGAAAUGGUGA